CCAACUCUGUUAUUCUGUUCUUUUGUCUUGCCAGAUUCCAGGCUAAGGAAACAUAUGAGAAUCCGGUGGAUUUAUUUCUAGAGCCGAAGUGGACAAUCUGGGAUUGCAGUGAUGUAAUUCCGCUUCUGAAAAAUGCCAUUAAAAAGUUGAGAGAUACUCUGGAAAGUGGACUUCAACUACAGAAAGUGCAUGUAACUCUGGAUCCAGACACAACUAAUCCUGACUGCCUUAAAAUCUCCGAAGAUCGAAAAAGCAUCACAGGACUUAAGGAUUUAUUGUAUAAUCCUUGUGUCCUUGGGUGUCAGAUGUUCUCAUCAGGGCGACAUUUCUGGGAUGUUAUUGUAAGCAGUACAAGAAAAUGGUUUGUAGGGGUUACCAGCAAACCAGGGAACUUUAAAAAUGUUUAUGAGCAGACCAGAAAGUGGCAGAUUUGGGGAUGGGAUGGGAAAUACACGGCCGCCUCUCCGUCAAAAUGCUGUAAACUGGUCCUGACUGAGAGCCCCACGAGGAUCCGCAUCUCUCUCAACUGCGAAGGGGGACAAGUGAGCUUCUUUGAUGCCAAGACCGCAGCUUUGCUCCAUACAUUCUCAGACGCUUCCUUGGUUGGAGAGACCCUCCUGCCUUAUUUCUACUUGGGCAAGGGCAGCUGCGUGACACUCCCCUAACAGGUUAGGUGGCCUUCUGAAUUGAAGGAGUGGAUCAAUCAAUCGAUCCAGAGAGAAAUAACCUGACCAUCAUUUAAAUUUCUCUGAAUUAAAAAAAA